CCUUGCGUAAAAUCGUCGCAUAACUUUAUAACUUUUAUACAGAUAAGAAUACAUGGUCUAAAAGGCUGUUGUCAUGACUUUAUUAAUCAAAUCCUUAUUAUUUAUAUGUUGCGAGGCUUUUUUCUCUUUUUGACCCGUAUUUGCAACGAUUCCAGGCACUUAAAAGAGUUUGAGCCUAAAUCUCGCCGGCUCUCAUGGGACUCAGGCAUUCGUCGCGGUGUUUGCUGCUACGGCGGAAGAUGGCGGAGGCGGACAGCUCCGAGCGGCAACAGCCCGUCAGGUCCCCUCUUUCUCAAUCUGCACAGCCCUCCUCUUUGCCGAAACCAGUGCCUACUACCCAUCAUGUGCCCUGUAUUCCUCACACGCCUCAUGUAGCAGCACUCACCACCUGUCCUGGACGAGGCAAGAUUGCCAAGUUCGUAAGCCCAGAGGAAAUGACAUCAAGGGACUACUACUUUGACUCUUAUGCACACUUUGGCAUCCAUGAGGAGAUGCUAAAAGAUGAGGUGCGGACGCUGACCUACCGCAACGCCAUGUACCACAACAAGCAUGUGUUCAAGGAUAAAGUCGUCCUUGAUGUUGGCAGCGGCACAGGGAUCCUCUCUAUGUUCGCUGCCAAUGCCGGUGCCAAACACGUGUACGGGAUCGAAUGCUCAAGCAUAUCUGAAUAUUCUGAGAAGAUUAUCAAGUCUAAUCACCUACACAACGUCAUUACCAUCUUCAAGGGCAAGGUGGAGGAGGUGGAACUACCUGUGGAGAAGGUGGACAUCAUCGUCUCUGAGUGGAUGGGUUACUGUCUGUUCUAUGAGUCCAUGCUGAACACGGUCAUUUUCGCCCGGGACAAGUGGCUGAAACCUGGAGGUCUGAUGUUCCCAGACAGAGCAGCUCUUUAUGUGGUAGCCAUUGAAGACAGGCAGUAUAAGGACUUCAAGAUUCAUUGGUGGGAAAACGUAUAUGGGUUCGACAUGAGCUGCAUCCGUAAUGUGGCCAUCAAAGAACCUCUGGUGGAUGUGGUCGAUCCUAAGCAGGUGGUGACUAACGCCUGCCUCAUAAAGGAGGUCGACAUCUACACCGUGAAGCCAGAGGACUUGUCGUUCACGUCAGCUUUCUGUCUGCAGAUCCAGCGCAAUGAUUACGUUCAUGCGUUAGUCACUUACUUCAAUAUAGAGUUCACCAAAUGUCACAAGAAGACUGGCUUCUCCACAGCUCCAGAUGCUGCCAGCACACACUGGAAGCAGACUGUGUUUUAUUUAGAGGACUACUUAACUGUCAAGAAAGGAGAGGAAAUCUUUGGCAGUAUCACUGUUAGACCCAAUGAGAAGAAUGUGCGUGACCUGGAGUUCACCCUUGAGCUAGAUUUUAAAGGACAACUAUGUGAAGCUGCUAUUUCUCAUGACUAUAAAAUGCGUUAGAGGCAAACAAAGGCACCGAAGAGGAUCCGCCCCAAGCUCACCUGGACACAACUGGAGAGGGGUGGAGGCCGAAGGCUGUCCAGGAAGCAUUCCGGUUUAUCAGAGUGGGAAGUAAACGGGUCAUCUUACAGGAUGCCAUGAAGUCUGCAUCCAUGUGAUGCAAUCAGAGUGAGCAUAGAACUUUCUCUCAGCAAUAGUGUCAUCACUGAUAGUGCUGGUCAGAAGCUUAUAUCCGGUCAUCAUGGGUAUGAUCAGUAUCAUCCAUUUAAGUCUUUAGUUGAAGCAUUUGUAUCAGAUUUUUUCCAGAAAUGCCAAAUAACUCUAGGUCAAAACCACAGAUAAAGACCCCUAUCAAGUUGCAGGCAAGGCAUUUUAAAAGGGCCUGCUUUGUCCAUUCAUAAAUCUGUUUAAUAUUUAGGAUCAUUGUUCUGUUUUAACAUCCAACAAUGUUUAAAUUGAAGUUUCUGACUUAAACUGGCAUUGGUAAAAGAACAGGCUAUACACCUAAAGAGGCUUUGACACUGUUACUGUCCACAGAAUUGGGCGUUUACCAUCACAAUCAUCUGAGAAUUUGCUGACCAAUCAGAAGACACAGCUCCAAAACUAUGAAACUAAAAUAAUAUGAAAAUUGAUAUGGAUAGGAAAAAUAUCUCUUGGUAUAUUCAGACAAAAAAAAAUCCAAAACUGUAUAAAUUAAAUGAUAUUGUUUUGAAGAAUUCUUCCUAAAAACAUUGAACCAACUGACAAGCAGUUCUCAAGUUGAGGAGGGAUGGCAUCUCCCUUCUUAAAAAUCAUCCCCCUUCUUAAAUGACUAUCCCCCAUACAAUCCCCUGCGACAUUUUAUUACUGAAUGUUAAAAUUUGUACUAUAUAUUAAUAGUAAUGGCAUUAAUAUUGCCCUGUCAGCAUUUGGUUGUGGGCUAACGAGUAUCCUGAGCAAAAUGAAUAAAAUCAAAGAAGUGGCCUACCAUGACUAAGAAGCUGAUGCCAGUGGGAAAACUCGCCCUCUGCAUUUGUUCCUAACUAUGUAGGGUCAGUGAUAGCCAUUACAGUCUAGAGACUGGCUGCAGUUCUACUGUAAGAUGCCUUGGUCAAGGUCCAUGACCGGCAUUACUGACAUGUUACAACCACACUAUUCAUAUCUCUUUAGGAUAUUUUUUACAACUAGACCACUGCUGGCAAGCAUGGUAUUGGCAGCAUUAUACUGGGGGGGCAGCAUUGCUCCCAGUGGCAUUAGUUGAAAUGGUAAAAUGAUCCAUAACAAACAACUUAAAAAUGUUUUUUAAAUAAAGACAGCAGUCUGACCUUAGGUUUCUGGAAUAAGACUUACCUGUACCUAAACAUGAUUAAAACUAUCUAAACUAGGUUAAAGAGCUAGCCUUGUGCUAGAAAACAAAUAAAAAAUGGGUACAGUC